AUGCUCCGCCUCCGCAGCUCCAUCCUCGCCCACCUCCUCUCAUCUCCAGCCACCUCUCCCGUAUCCCCUCUCCACCGCCUCCUCUCAGCCGCAGCGCCAGCCAUCUCCACCCCGACCACCGGGUUCGCCGUGGAGGACUACCUCGUCAGCACCUGCGGCCUCACCCGACCCCAAGCCCUCAAGGCCUCCGCCAAGCUCUCCCACCUCAGGUCCCCUGCCAAGCCCGAAGCCGUCCUCGCCUUCCUCGCCGGCCUCGGCCUCUCCGCCGGCGAUGUCGCCGCCCUCGUCGCCAAGGACCCGCAGUUCCUCUGCGCCAGCGUGGAGAGAACACUGGCGCCCGUCGCCGCGGGGCUCUCCGGCCUCGGCUUAUCGCGAUCUGACAUCUCGCGCCUCGUCUCGGUUACUGCCGGCCUCUUCCGGCAUAGAUCCAUCGUCUCCAACGUACAGUACUGUCUGCCCCUCCUCGGCUCCUUCGAGAACCUCUUACACGCGGUCAGCCAUGGCUCCAGCCUUGUCGGAUCUGAUCUCGAGCGGGUGGUCAAGCCCAAUGUCGCUCUCCUGCAAGAGAGUGGGCUAGGUGUUUGUGAUAUUGCCAAGCUGUGCCUCAAUAGGCCACGGCUGCUCAGCAGCAACCCAGAGCGCGUCCAGGCGGCGUUGGCGUCCGCCGAAGCACUCGGUGUACCCCGUGGAUCCGGGAUGUUCAGGUAUGCGAUUGAAGCUGUUGCAUCCUUCACCGAGGAGAAGAUCGCUGCCAGAGUGGACUACUUGAAGAAGACAUUCAGGUGGUCGGAUGCCGACGUGAGCAUUGCUGUGUGUAAGGCUCCGAAUUUGAUCGCAAAAUCAAAGGAAUCACUGCAGUGCAGGUCUGAAUUCCUCAUCUCUGAGGUGGGGUUGGAACCGGCCUACCUCGCUCAACGUCCGGCAAUGGUCUGUUACAGCCUACAGGGCCGGAUGAGACCCCGGUACCACGUUGUAAAGUUUCUCAAGGAAAAUGGAUUGGUCAAGCACGACCCGAGCUACUAUACUGUUUUCAAGGAGAGCGAGAAGUAUUUCGUGGAUAAGUUCAUAUGCCCUCACAAGGAAGCUGCACCACACCUUGCAGAAGAUUAUGCCGCCGCUUGCAGAGGGGAAGUGCCCGCUAGAUUCAGAUUUACAUGA